AGCGCAGAGCGGCGCAGGAAAGUCGUGUACUUCCGGUCACUAACUGUUCCUCUUACGUGUCACGUACAGACGAGACAAACUGAGUGAAGCAGCGGAGUCUGCAGGUUCGGACCGACUUGUUUCAACCCGUCCGGAUGUUUCACCGCAGACUCGUCUCCUGUUAGCACAGAAUGCUAAAGGAAGCUAGCGUAGCUGAGGAGCAGGAAUUAGACGGAGCCGGAAGUGCUAAUCGGAGCAGUUUCGAUAAAGAACAAACUGUUUAGACAGCACGUCCAGAUAAACACGUCCUGUGUCCGAGUGGACUCUGUGCUGUGACUUUAUUCAACAUGUUUCACAUCUGAAUCAUCUCCUGGUGUCCCGCGGAGCUAAUGAGGCUAACUUAGCUCUCCGCAGGAAGUAGACGGAGCCGGACGUGCUGUCUGUGGAGGAGAAGUUCUGCUGUGACUCAGUGAAAAUGUCUAAAGUCCAAACGCUGAGAGUCUUUGUGAAGCAGCGACUAACUGCAGCUGCUGAAGAGAUAUUCGAGCUGUUUGAAAGAACGAUAUCAGAGUACGAGGAGGAACUGUGUCGACACCGGAAACUACUGGACGCUGUUUUACAGCCUCAGGUCCAGUUACACAGAGCAGACGUCCAGCAGCUGGCGGUGAGUAAAGAAGAGGAUCCUCCUGAGCAGCAGGACUGGAGCUCCGGUCUGGACCAGGAGGAACCACCAGAGCCGCCCCACAUUAAAGAGGAGCAGGAGGAACUCUGGACCCAUCAGGAGGGAGAACAGCUUCAAGGGCUGGAGGAGGCUGACAUCAUCAACUUCACUGUGAAGAGUGAGGAAGACGAUGAGGAGAAACCUCCGUCCUCACAGCUUCCUCAGGGACGAACUGAGGCAGAUGUAGAGGACUGUGGAGGACCAGAACCAGCCUGGAACUUUAAUCCAGAGGGUCUUUUAGAACCAUUUACUCAUGACAAGACGUCGGACUCCUCUGAACCCGACUCCUUUACCAGCGACGACUUGAGGACGAGCGGUGGACCUCCGUCAGGUUCACACUGUCUGAAAAACAGCGGACGCAACACUGGAGAGAAAUCAAUCAGCUGCUCUGAGUGUGAUAAAAAAUUCAGCUUCAACUCGCAGCUGAAGAAACACAUGAUAACUCACACGGGGGAGAAACCGUUCAGUUGCUCCGUGUGCAGCAAGAGAUUCAACCAGAAGAUUCAUCUGACGCGCCACAUGGCGCUCCACACGGGCGAGACGCGAUACAGCUGCAGCGUUUGUGGAAAAAGAUUCAUUUGGCAUUCUCAGCUCAAAAACCAUCAGUGGGCCGGUUGUCGGUCGUCACAGCUUCACCAAAGACAAAAAGGGGCUGAUGGAGAGGACUGUGGAGGACCAGAACCCGUCAGGAACUUGAAUCCUGGAUCUGGUACGAGCAGCGGCCACGAGGGGGAUCAGCAGGGUCACGCAAGAACUCAUUCAGAAGAGAAAUGUUUCAGCUGCUCGGUUUGUAAGAAGUCAUUUCAGUGGAGAGGAAAUCUUGUGACGCACAUGAGAAUCCACACAGGAGAGAAACCCUUCAGUUGUUCUGUCUGCGGCAGAAGAUUUGCCGCCGAGUCAAGUUUGCCCAGACACUUCAGAAUUCACACGGGGGAGAAACCGUUCACCUGCUCAGUUUGUAAAAAAACUUUCAGCGACAGAAGCGUUUUGUCCAAACACAUGAGAGUUCACACCGGGGAGAAACCGUUCAGCUGUUCUGUUUGUGGUAAAACAUUCGCACAGACAGGAGAUCUGAGGCGACACUUGACCGUCCACACCGAGAAAACUUUUGCCUGCAGUGUUUGCGGAGAAAGAUUCACUCGCCUCGCUCAUGCCAAGAAACACAAGUGUGUUGGUGAGAACAGUGGAAGUCAGUUCCAGCAGGAUUUAAGUUCUGAGGAUCAGUUAAACUCCGACAUACAGGGUCCAAACUAAGUCACGCGUCACGUGAUCAUGUUAUUUUGUAAACGUUUGUCUACAUAAGUAUUGUUGUGCUUUUCUAUAAUACUUAACGUCGUUGAUUUAAAAUAGAUGAGACGAUGAAAACAAGUUACAGGUUUAUUCAAUCAACCUUUAUUUGUAUGGCACAGAUUCACUACAGAAGUCGCCUCAUGACACUUUCCAAAGUGAGCAGGUUCAAACCAAACUCCUCGAUUCAUUUAUCUACAGAGACCCAAACUUCUCCGUCAUGAGCAGCACCAGGUGACAGCAGAGAGAAAAAAACUGCCUUUAACAGGAAGAAAAAGUUGUGUCCUGUUCAGCAACAUGACUUGACCUCCAUCAGUCUGUCAGAGUCCUCCUGCCUCUGUAGUUUUAUAUAUAUAUAUUCUAACAGCUUAAACAUGUUUUCUUUUAGAGAAGGUAUAAAAGUUUGAUCAGACAUGAACUGAUGAUGAAAUAAAAGCAGGUGGCAGCAGAGAAUCAGUGGGAUCAGAGAUCUUCUGUCCUGACGACUCUCAUCAAUCUGUGUGUGACUCGUUUGUUUCAGACUCAGAUUCAGUCGUUCAUUUUCUCUUCAUUUCUUUUGUUAAACGCUUUAAGUUAUCACCAAAUAUGUUCAAAGCUUCGACAUGUGUGUGAAUCAAUAAGUCCUGUACUGAUUGUGGGUCGUUCCAACCAGCCAACUCACCCACAAUCCAGAACAGACGAAGUAAAACCACAUUUAAUACUGCAGCCAGUGAAUAGUUCAGAAAGAGCUGCUUUAAAAAUUGUUAAAUGACGGAAACAUUCAGUUUUUAUAUUUCAACACUUUGACCUGAAAAACAUUCAGAAUGUAAAAUCAAAGGGCUCCGAAGUUUUAUUUAACAAGAAGUGUGUCACUCAGAUGUUGAUGUUUCUGGUUGUUUUAUGUGAUUUUAUAAUGAUGAGAAGUGUAUGAUCGUGUUCAUGACAUGAGACGACGUUUGAUGUUGAAAUGAAACGAAUAAAGAUUGAUUGAAAGAUGA